AGCUGUGUUGGCCAAGCUGCUCACAGCCUUGUGGAAAUCGUCAUCGUCAAGACUGGCCGAACCGUCGUCUGUUUCUCACCAGGCGUGUUUCUGUUUACUUGCACAUUUUCAUUUUAAAAGUCUUAAUUAGCGACUUUAUUUUAUUUGACACUACAAGAGAUCAAUUAUUAUCUAAAAAUGAACCCUUCAAUGUCACUUGAUGACAAUGAUCAGAUGAAAUCGUUCAAAGACUUCUUAUCAUCGUAUAACAAACUUUCGGAGCUAUGCUUCACUGACUGUAUUUGGGACUUCACCACUAGGAGUGUGAAGCCCGCUGAGGAUCAAUGUUCCCAGAACUGCCUGGAGAAGUACAUGAAGAUGAACCAACGAAUUUCUCAGCGCUUUGCGGAGUAUCAAAUGAUUGCCAACGAAAGUGCGAUAGCAGCAGCCCAGAAAGUCGGUGGUGCUUCAAGUUGAUCUAUCUUUAUCUAGUCUAGGAUUGUUUUGAAUUUUAAGCUGCUGUUAAGUUUAUGUAGACCAUCUAUCAUGUAGCUCCCACCUACCUCCAUUUUUUGUAUGGUUUUAAUUGAGUUUCUGUCAUUGAGUUUGUAUCAUUCAUUCUAAACCCAUCUGCUUCAAGGUGUUGCACAAUGUAGCACUUGUUUAUUUUCAACCGUACGAUUUUCUGUGAAAUUUAAUGCUGAGUGUACCAGCUACCAAAACCUAAGAUUACAUUCCGCAAGUUUAUAGAACCAAUUGGACCUGUGAUUCCCAUCAGUGGUCCCUUCCAGGGCCCAGCUGGCGCCUCACUGUCGCAGUCAACCCUUCUGUGUAUGAACAGUUUGGAUAUGAAAGAAAGCUGCUCUCA